AUGUAUGUCAUCACGCAGUUAUCAAGGUUUUUGGAGAAUCCAGGUCAGCAACAUUGGAAGGCAGCCAUUCGUGUUCUUCGGUAUCUCAAGACGACAAGAGACUACGGGAUAAUCUACGACGGCAGCGCUAGCGAAGUAACAGCUACAGCGUAUACGGACGCGGACUGGGGUAGCAACAUCGAUGAUCGACGCUCCGUGUCAGGGAUAAUGGUGAUCAUCGGUGGCGCAACAGCCAUAUACAAGUCCAAGUAUCAACGCAUGGUGGCUCUAAGCUCUGCUGAGGCAGAGUACAUGGCUUUAAGCCUGUGUACACAGGAAGUGUUAUGGGUUCGUGCGCUGCUUAAGGAUCUAGGUCACGAGCAAGUGGGAGUAACGUGGGUCUGGGAAGACAAUCAAGGAGCAAUUGGGCUUGCCAGCAAUGCCGGCUACAAUGCCAGAACCAAGCACGUUGACAUUCGUCACCACUUCAUCCGGGAGAAUGUGGCCCACGAUAUCAUCGUGGUCAAGUACAUCUCCACCAUGGACCAAUUGGCCGACAUGCUAACGAAGGCUCUGGGGACCAAGCGACUGAACUAUUUGAUACAAGCAAGCUGCAUUGGACCCAAGGGCAUUUAG